AGUUUAGCAGACACCCUCAAAAAAAGAGAGAGAGAGAGAGAGAGAAAUAUGAGGUGAAUCAGAAAGACAAGACUCAGAUAGAAAGUAGGGCUACAUGCAAUUAUGGCUCCUUGGAAGAGUACCACUACGGAGCGGUAUGGUGUAGUUAAGUGGAAUUUUGUUGGCAAAGGAGAGAAGCAGCUUUCCCUCGAGAUAGGAGAUGCGGUCCAGGUCCAGGAGGUCUGUGAUGGAUGGUAUAGAGGCUACUUGGUUAGGAACAGGUCCCAACGGGGAGUGUUCCCUGCCAGUUAUGUCCAUCUUAAGGAGGUCAUCGUUGAAAACCGAGAAGGUGAUGAGGUAGUGAUGUCUUCAGAGAUGCCCUUGGUGAAGGAGGUGACCACCACAUUGAGGGAGUGGGGAAGCAUAUGGAAGCAGCUCUUUGUGGUCAAUAAACGGAUGCGUGUAAAGCAGGUCCAGAGGCUGAUGUGGGAGCUAAUGGAGUGGCGUUCCCAGCUCCUGUCUGGCACUCUGCCCAAUGACGAAUUCAAGGAGCUUAAGCAAAAAGUCACCUCCAAGAUUGACUAUGGCAACAAGAUCCUGGAGCUGGACCAGGUGGUUCGGGACGAGAAUGGAAACAUCUUGGACCCAGAAAGGGCUAGUGUCAUCAGUCUGUUUCGGGCCCACGAGGAGGCCACAGCCAAGAUCAAUGAGCGCAUCAAAGAAGAGCAGUCCAACGUCCAGACUGACCACAGCGGGAUCUCAGCACGGAUCCAAUCUUCCCCCACCCAUAGCCUCUACGUCUUCGUCAGGAACUUUGUCUGUCGCAUCGGAGAGGACUCUGAGCUCUUCAUGUCCCUCUAUGACCCCAUCAAGCAGACCAUCAUCAGUGAGAACUACUUGGUACGCUGGGGCAGCAAAGGAUUCCCCAAGGAGAUUGACAUGCUCAACAACCUGAAGGUUGUCUUUACAGACCUGGGAAACAAGGACCUGUGCAGAGACAAGAUUUAUCUGAUCUGCCAGAUAGUGAGAGUGGGCAGGAUGGACCUGAAAGAGACAAACAACAAGAAGUGCACUCAAGGCCUGAGGCGGCCAUUCGGGGUGGCAGUUAUGGACAUUACUGAUCUCAUCAAAGGGAAGAUCGAAUGCGAUGAGGAGAAGCAGUUUUUCAUCCCGUUUUUCCCUGUAGUUGCUGAGAAUGACUUCCUCCACACGUUGCUGAACAAAGUGACAGCAUCACGAGGAGACAGUGGUGGACAAGGUCUGUGGGUGACUAUGAAGGCUCUGGUGGGGGACAUAGUUCAGAUUCGGAAGGAAUACCCUCACCUGGUGGACCGCAGCACCGUGGUGGCCCGCAAGCUGGGCUUCCCAGAGAUCAUUAUGCCGGGAGAUGUUCGCAAUGACAUCUACCUCACCUUACAAGGCGGCGACUUCGACAAAUACAACAAGACGACACAGAAAAACGUGGAGGUCAUCAUGUGGGUCUGUGAUGAGGAGGGCAAGGUCAUACAGAACUCCAUCUGUCUGGGAGCAGGGGAUAAGGCGGUCAGUGAGUACAGAUCCGUCAUCUACUACCAAGUCAAACAGCCCCGCUGGAUGGAGACAAUUAAGGUGGCAGUCCCUCUGGAAGAAAUGCACAGAAUACAUUUACGCUUCAUGUUCAGACACCGCUCUUCCCAGGAGUCCAAGGACAAGAGCGAGAAGAACUUUGCCAUGGCCUUUGUGCGUCUGAUGAAGGACGAUGGGACAGUUCUACAAGAUGGACUGCAUGACCUUGUAGUCUUCAAGGGUGACAGCAAGCGCAUGGAAGAUGUGAACUGCUACUUGUCGUUGCCCUCGACCCGCCACCACCAUGGCGACCCCCACAAGGUGGCACCGCUGAGCCGCAGCUCCAGCAGCGUGUCAGGGAGUGGAGGCCUCUCAGUCAGCUCUAGAGACAGCUUCAGCAUCUCCACCCUGGUCUGCUCCACCAAACUCACCCAGAAUGUGGGCCUGCUGGGGCUGCUCAAGUGGAGGACUCGACCCGAACUCCUCAGAGAAAACCUGGAGAAACUCAAAAUCAUUGAUGGAGAGGAGGUGGUCAAGUUUCUGCAGGACACUCUGGAUGCCUUGUUCAACAUCAUGAUGGAACACUCUCAGACUGACGACUAUGACAUCCUCGUGUUUGACGCCUUGAUAUACAUCAUAGGUCUGAUCGCUGACAGAAAGUUUCAGCACUUCAACACAGUGUUGGAGGCCUACAUCAAGCAGCAUUUCAGCGCUACACUGGCCUACAAAAAGCUGAUGUCGGUGUUGAAGAGGUAUCUGGAUGUGUCCAGCAGAGGUGAACAGUGUGAGCCCAUCCUCCGAACCCUUAAAGCCCUCGAGUACAUCUUCAAGUUCAUCGUCCGCUCACGCAUGCUCUACUCCCAGCUGUACGAGGGGAAGGAGCAGGCGGAGUUUGAAGAUUCGCUGAGGAGGCUCUUUGAGUCCAUCAACAGCCUGAUGAGAACAGACUACACCACCACUCUGCUGCUUAGGGUUGCUGCUCUGAAGUACCUGCCAACAGUCCUGCAUGAUGUUGAGAAAGUGUUUGAUGCCAAACUCCUCAGUGAGUUGCUGCAUGACUUUUAUUCCUGCAUCCCCCCUGAGAAACUCCAGAAACAGAAGGUGGCCUCCAUGACUGAAAUCGUCAGCAGCCAACUCUUCCAGAAACAAGAGUGCCGUGAUGUGUUGUUACCCAUGAUGCUGCGGGAGCUGAGCGGGGCACUGAUCAGUAUGGCUGACGGGCCUCAUGAUGAGAGGAGAAAUAGUCUGGAGCUGCUCAACAACAUUCUGGAGGUCCUCAGCAGGGACAAUGUGGUAAGAUGCACAGCAAUUUUGCAGGCACAUAAUGCCAAUGUUCACACUCAGCAUUAAACUGCAGUCUGGGUGAUUGUUUCAAGGUAGACAGCAGUAAACACAUCCAAUAUGCACUGAGAACUUGAACUGAGAUCUGAUUGGCCACUUUUGGAUAUGGUUAGGGUAUGAUUGCUGAUGUAAUGUUGAUAGUAUUAUGUUUAUAACAAGUUGGUCCAUGCUGUUGCAUACAGUUUGACAAACUGCCAAUCAGCUUCUGUCUGAGGCAAGUUCUUAUUUCUUUCUCUCUCUUCAUUGUCACCUCAUUUCAUUUUGAGGUUUUCUGUGUAGUUUUACCCAGUAUGCACACAGCAAUCCCAAUCAUCUAUAGCUUACCAUACUGUAGCAGAUGUAUGGCUGUACAGUUGCAGUUUCCACAGAAGUUAUCAAAUGCCAGUGGGAAACAAAAUCCAAACAUAAGUGGUCAUCUGAUUUAAAAA